AUGCCCACAGGCCUGCAGGACGCUGUGCGCCGCGCGGGGGCCGAGGAGCCCAGCCUGGCCCGGGCCGUGGUCCGCAGCCUGGGGGGCUUCAGCCUGGGCUUGUCCUUGGCCACGGUCUAUGGGCUCCUGGAGCUGCUGGUGGAAGGGCAGAGCCCCUGGGGCUGCCUGGUGGGCACGCUGACCUUGGCCGGCUUCCUCGGCCUGGGCAUGGCGUUCUCUCGGCAGGUCCGGGUCACUGUCCUCCUGGUGCUGCCCCAGGCCUUCUCCAAGCAGAGCCGGGCACUGCUGCUGUUGGCUGUCUUUGGGUUGGUGCUGCAAGGGCCUUGUGCCAACACUCUGCGCAACUUCACCCAAGCCAGCGAGGCCGUGGCCUGCGGGGCGGAGCUGGCCCUGAACCAGACGGCUGCGUUGCUGGAGCGAGCGAAGCAGCCCCUUGUCAGUGCCCUGAACAAGAUUAAGGCCAUUGCCCAGAAGGCCAAAGAGGUGGCUGACCGGAUCCGCAAGUUCUUUCGGUCCAUCAUGGAUGGAGUGAAGCAUAUAGCCAGGGCCCUGCGCAAUGUGUGGUACUGGCUCCUGCAUAUCGGAGACGUGUGCAACUCAGAGCUGGGCAACCCUUACCUGAAGUGCGCGCGGGUCUUCGAUGACGCCAAGGACAGCUGCAUGAAGGUCAUCCCACAGGCCUAUCACCUGUGCUACGUGCUCAUGCCCUUCAAGCUGGUGCUCUGUGGACUUGCCAGCCUGGUCCAGGUGUUCUGCAUCAUCCCCAAGUACCUGCAGCCCUUCCUGCGCACGACCAUCGGCAUCCCUGUGCAGAAGUUGAUUAACCGGGUGCGUCAAGAGUUUGAGUUCAACGUGACGGCCACCCACUACUUCUCCGUGGACCUGGAUGCCUCCCGGAGCCUGUCCCAGGUGGCCCUGGACCUCUACGAGGCGGUCAGCAUGAAGCUGCACCGCGCCCGCGAGUCCCUGGCCCUGAUGGGCUACUCCACGCCGCUGCUGCUUGCGCUGCUCUACCUCCAGGCCCUGUUUUACCGGUACUGUUACCUGAACCUGGACAGCCAUGACAACAUCUACAUCACCAGCCGGUUCCUGCGCAUGGAGGCCGUGCGCUCCCGGGCGGGGCUGCCCACCGUGCUGCCCCUCAGUGCCCACGAGGCCAGACACUAUAUCCGGCCAGGCUCCCUCUACCUGUCCCGGUGGGAGCAGCUUUUCUACCUCCUGGCGAUCUCCCAGCUUCUCCGGCAACUCCUCAUCACGCUGCUCCUCAUCUUCCUGGACUACGCGGUCUUCUGGGUGCUGGACCUGGCCCGGCACCACCUGCAGGGGGAGAUGGUGGCCCGCAGCCCCGUGCUGGUAUCCAUCACUGUGGAAGGCAGUGGCUAUACCGGGAACAUUUACCGCGACCUGGUGUCGGCCUUCGACGUCCUGCAACAAGGCAACGUCACGGUCCUGUCACGGCGCUGCGCCCUGCACCCCUCGGAGCCCAACACCACUGGCUAUAUCGUCAUCGGCAUCAUGUACGGCCUAUGCUUCUUCGUCACCCUGUUUGGAAGCUACGUCAGCCGGCUGCGGCGGGUCAUCUGUGCUUCUUACUACCCAUCCCGGGAGCAGGAGAGGAUCUCCUACCUCUACAACUUACUUCUGAGCCGCCGAACCUCUCUGCUGGCUGCCCUGCACCGGUCAGUGAGGCGGCGGGCAGCGGACCAGGGCCAGCUGAGCCUCCUGCAGGUGCUGGCCAGGCGGUGCCUCUGUCUGGCUCCAUUGAUGAAGCACGUUGGGCAGCAGCAGGCCUACUGCCUGGGCUGUGGGCAGCCCCAGGACGAGGGGGACACGGAGAACUUUGUGUCCUGCAGUACCCCAGCCUGCCGAGGUCUCUUCUGCCCCACCUGCUUCCGCCUCCUGGACAGCACCUGCUCCGUGUGCGCAUCUCCCCUCUCCUACCAGGGAGAGCUGGACCUGGAGCUGGACUCCAGCGAUGAGGAAGGGCCCCGGCUGUGGCUGGCUGCAGCUCGAAGAAAGAACCCCGCGCAGGAGCGGUUACUGCGGCAGCGGCUCCAAGAAGCGCUGGGCAGGACCCUCUCGUCGGGGUCCAGCUCUGAGCUCAGUGACCCGGAUGAGAAGGGACCUUGACGGAGGCCGCACAGGCCGCAGCCCCCACCUGCGGCCCCAUCGCCAGCAUUCCCCAGCCCUCAGCCCCGGCGACCCCCUCCGAGGUCCUGUCUCCACAGCGGCCACUCCCCAGCGUUGGAGCUCCGGCCCUGCCUCUCCACCCCGUCACCUCCUGACCCUCCCACCUGCCCCCAAAUAAAGGAACCAAAGGUGGACGAUGUGAAUCUUAAAUUAUUAUUAUUGUUUCUUCCUGUCACUUUUACACCAGAGGUGGGGGGUACGGGAAGGGGAAGGGAACAGGAGAGGGGGGUUGCCUCCCCCCCUAAGGCACUGAGUGGAGAAGCAGCAAGGAGGGAGGGUGGAGGCCACACUGUCCUCACUCCCGAGGGAUGGGCCCCAGGUCUCCCCAACCUUGGGCUCCCCUAUCACCUGAAAUGCUAAGAUGAGGCCCAGAGCAACCCGACCUCCCCCUACCCCAAUAUAUUACAACAUUACUUUUUAAAUAGAUUCAGGGACUGGUCCCACUACCCUCCUCCCCGUGACCCUCCCCCCCCACGACUGGGGGUACCUGGGCAGCUGUGCAAAUGGGCAUAGGGGUGCAUGGGAGGGAGAGCACCGGGCCCCUGAACCUGCCCCUUUUAAGGAGGGGGAGGGGCCGCGAGGUGGGGGGUGGGGGUUAUAGUGCAAGGCAGAGCCCAGGCCACAACGGGGGGUCCAGCACCCAGCGAGGAAGGGGAGGGGGCGGAAUUGGGUCGUUAAAAAUCUGAAACUAGAUCUGGACAAGACCAACAGAAGAGGCUAUGUACAGAAGAGGGCGGGUUCGACCUCGGCAGAGCCCGGCUGGCCAGGUUCCGGGACGUGGACUCCUUCCCCGCUCCCGGGGCCCAGCGAGAAGCUCUCUGCGGGCCUCCAUGAAGGGGACCGGCUCCCCAGCCGCGCGCGGGUGGAGGUGACGGCGGCCAAGUGGCCGCUGGGGGCGCCCGCCCGCGAGGGGCGCGGCCGCCAGGUGGCGCCGGCGAGCCCGCUCUCCGCCCGGCUCCCCAGCCCCUCGCCGGCCCACACCCAGCGCCGCGCCAGCCCGGGGGCGGCGUGAGUCAGGGGCGGCAGCGGCCCGCACCUGGGCGGGGAGGAGGCGGGGAGGAGCAGAGGGUAGGACACAGCCCGGCCCGCCCUGCCCUCUGGCCCCGGGGAGGGAGCGGCGGGAACAAGACAUUCCCUGCCCGGGGACGCGGGAGGGGAGGGGAGGACUGAGCAGAACUGCGGAGCAGCACCCCUGGCUGGGCGGGGCCCCUCCCGCUGCCCCCAGGGGCAGGCGAGCCAAUCGGGCCACCCCGCCCCCUGCUUCUCCAGGACCCCAUGACUCAGCGCUGGGAGCUGGGCGGAGGGGGACUGGGAUGGCUCCUUCCUUACAGGCCCAGGCCCCCCCGCCCCCGGUCGGUCAUUCAAGCUUCUACCUUGCUUUCCCCCACCUACCCUGCUUUUGCCGCCCCCCCUUGCACGGUCAGGAAAAGGGAACAGAAACCAGGAAGGAGGGGUCUAGGAAGGGAGGGGCUGUCCUUCACCCCCUGACACAGCCAAAGCCCCAAGGGGCAUGGGGGCAGGGCAAGGCUUUGGUCCCAAGCCCCCCACCCCCUAGAAACCCGCAUAGCCGAAGAGGGACCCCACAAA